GGAAUUAUCGAGGCAUUUCCAUGAUAUCAAAAAUCGGAAAUUACAUUACCAAAUUAUACGCUCGUUUGCAAUGUUCCAAGAAAGGUUUCGUGUAAAAGCGCCACUAAAAAUCUCGAAAUUAAUCCUUAACGAAAAACAGAAGGCGCAAUUAAACAACUUAUUCAAAUACAUGAAUUUAGAAUUUGAAUCUAAAACGUGGGGAGAAACCGAUGAAGAGCAGGAAGCUGCCAAAAAAUACUUGAGCGAUCGACGUCUCACGACAGACUAUGCAGAGUCAAGAUGGAAAACUCGUUGGAGUGAUACGAAAAAUGGUGCAACACUUUAUCAAUGUAGCUGUGGGUCAGAUAUGGAAACCGCCAGGAAGACAGAAGCUACAAAACGGAGGAAACUUCGACAGGCUUAUGAAUUUAACGGAUGCUUGGCUUUUGUUAGG